AUGGCGCAACAAACGGUCGCCGUCGUAGGUACCGGGGCCUGCGGGCUAUCUAUGCUGAAAACGCUGAGGGAGGAUGGGUUCAAAGUUACUGCGUUUGAACGAAGGAAGCAAGUCGGUGGCUUAUGGGCGUACACGAAAGAUGCCACUAUGACUACGGCUCUUCCUUCUACUAGAGCAUUGAUCAGCAAGUACACUUGUGGCAUGUCGGAUUUCCCAAUGCCAGACCACUAUCCUCCACAUCUAACGCAAGCACAAUUCCAGGAAUUCAUGGAAUCGUAUGCAAAGCAUUUCGAUCUGCUCAAAGACAUUGUCUUCGAUGCUGCGUUGAAGAGAGUGAGCCGCAACGAAGACGACACUAAAUGGCGCGUCGAGCUCCUGGUUAUGGGAGAGAUCAGAGUAGAAGAAUUCGACAAAGUAGCUCUCUGCCAUGGCUACCAGACGUAUCCGCAAAUGCCCAAGUUCGAGGAUGAGAAGAAGUUCGAAGGCAUUCUCAUGCAUGCGCAGCAGUUCCGACCAGAAGACGUGGGGAAAUACAAGGGCAAGAACGUCGUCAUGGUUGGGAUGUCGAGCACUGCCUCGGAUGUAAUCAACAACAUCCUGCCCCACGCGUCGAAAAUGUACGUCUCACAUCGGCGCGGGAUGUACAUCUUCCCGACCUGGCGCGACAAUAAACCCGCAGACCUACUGCUCACCUGGCGUCGACGCCAAACAGGGUUCUUCCUGCAACGCAAUUUCCCAUCCGUAGCUCAGUGGCUCGGCGACAAAGCACUGGACUACCUCGUGCACAAAUCAUGGGGGUACUUAGAUCCUGAAUGGCGUAUCCUCCCUAGUCCCAGUGUUUCGCUCAGCCUCCCUGGAGCCAGCGACUACAUUAUCCCCCUCCUGAAAACCGGAAAAAUCACUUCCCUACAUGGCAUAAAACGCUUCCUCGGGCCCAGUUCCAUCGAAUUUACCGACGGUACCAUCCUCGAGGAUAUCGACGCCGUCAUCUGCGCAACAGGCUACGCCGCCGACCUCACCGUCGCCCCCUUUCUUGAGACCAGCCGACCGCCCGACUACGCCGGCCCCGAGCUCCCUCGCCUCUGGCACAACAUAUUCCCACCCAAAUACGCGGACUCGAUGGCGCUCCUGUGCCACUCCGCGUAUGGUAAGAACAACGGCUUCUCCUUCAAUGACGUGCAGUCCAUGGCUGUGUCCAACAUCUUCCGCGGCUCGCACCCACUGCCCUCCCUACCCACGCGAGAAUCCGACAUUGACGCGCACCACGCGUGGCUUGCGACGCGCUGGGCGGCCGAUAAAACGGAAGGCAGCUUCGACCGGAGCAUGGUGCGGAACUGGGAGUUCCAGGGGUUCUUGCAUGAGGCUGCGGGAACGGGUAUGGAGAGUCUAGGGUGGGGGGUCAAGGGGUGGAAGUUUUGGAUUCGGGAUCCGAAGAUGAGUUGGUUGAUGAAUCAUGGGGUUGAGACGGCGCAUGCGUUUCGGUAUUUCGAGACGGGAAAGAGGAAGACGUGGGAUGGGGCACGGGAGGCGAUUAUCAAGGUGAAUGAGGCGGUGAAUGGGAGGUUUCCGGUUAAGAGGGAGGAGGAUUUACCCGAGUACCGGAAGGAGAUGUUGAGGAUUGGGAGGGACGUGAAGAGGUAG